AUGUAUAACGACAUGGACUUUGACGUGGCCGCCAACGACAUUUCCGAGCAGGUGGUUGUAAUACGCGAUCCCGAGUUGGCUAUGACGAUAGAAAAAUGGGUGUUGAAACUGACUGCGGAGAACCGGGGCGCAAACGAGCUUAAGUACCUUCAACUAUUGCAGUACAUGAUGGCCCGGGGGAGGAUCAACGGUCCGUUCGCGAGGGAUCCACCUCCGGGUCCCCUGGUACCGUUAAGUCGGUACGUAAAUCCACCUCCUUGCAGUGGUCAUGCCCGGGACAGUGGCGGGGUCGAGUGUUGGCAGACGAGCAACUGCAGCAGGGCAGCGCAGACGAGGUGCGAUGAUGUGAACGGUGACUAUGAAGACGAGGCCUUUGAAGAGCAGGUAGACAACGACGCCCGCAACGACGAAACGACAGUAAACGGUGACGUCGUUGGAGACUUGCACAGCAACGGUGGAGAACUGCAAUCACCGCGGUUGGAGGGCAUUGGCCAAGACGACGGGGUGCAGGCAAAACGCGACGGUCAUUUGGCGGGUGGUGGUGGGGGAGAGUGCCGUGGACCAGCCUCAAAGAAAAACCCAUUCACCAAAUUGUGUGAUCCGUGUUUGGACAAUUUCGGACGGCACUUGCUAAAGAAACAACCAGGACCAUUGGACGCAGCUUACAGGGACUUGCUGGGAGACUGCGCGCUGCCCGUACUCACUGAAGCCGAACAGAAGACAGUCUGUCCGGAGAUGUUGCAGAUUUUGGAGAAUGUCGACGACACCACCACGUUACAAGACUUUUACUUCCAGGUGGCGCUUUGCACGUGCGAUGAAGGGGCACUGAUGAUGAAGUUGUCGGACGCUAUGGUGGACGACUUCAGGACGUUCGUGUCGGACGUGUUCGAGAGCCGAACGGAACACAUCAGCGACGGUUUGGCCAAGGAGCAGAUGGCACUGUGCGAAAAAUACGCGUAUCUGUACGACCGGACGCUGAACCGGGCUACCCUGGCCAUGGAUUUCCUGCGGGAAGCCAUGCCAGUGUUCAGCUGGCACAAAUACCAGGCGGACCCGGAUGUUUCCGCCGCAGAAUGA